AUGGAUGGCCGGCUCGACCCCCCUCCCCUCCCUCCUCCUCAACUCCCAAGCACCACGUCGUCCCGUCCGAGCCCUCCAAGUGGGCCCCCUUCUCUCCCUCUCGCCGAAUAUGGACCCACCACCGCCGCAUCUUCGCCGCGGGCUCCCCAGGGACAUGCAAGUUCGUCGGCCUCCAGUACCCUCGAGGCCGCCCGCCGCCUCGUCGAGCAGGGCUUCGCCCCUCGCCGGACCGUGUACUUCUCGUUCGUCCCCGAUGAGGAGAUCGGAGGGGUUGAUGGCGCGAAGAAGUUCUCGGAGUCCAAGGUUUUCGAGGAAAUGAACGUGGGGUUGGUUCUUGACGAGGGGUUGGCUUCGCCCACGGAGGAGUAUAGGGUUUUUCACGGGGAGAGGAGCCCUUGGUGGAUGAGGAUUAGGGCGAGGGGGGCGCCAGGGCACGGGGCGAAGCUCUAUGAUGGGAGUGCGAUGGAGAAUUUGGUGAAGAGUGUGGAGAGCGUGAUGAGGUUCAGGAGGAGCCAGUUUGAUUUGGUGAAGAGUGGGGAGAGGGCUGAAGGGGAGGUUGUUUCGGUUAAUUUGGUUUAUUUGAAGGCUGGGACUCCAACUCCCACUGGUUUCAUCAUGAAUCUGCAACCAUCUGAAGCUGAGGCAGGUUUUGAUAUUCGGGUCCCUCCUAAUGCUGAUCCUUUGGCUUUAGAGCGACGCAUUGCUGAAGAGUGGGCACCAUCUUCUCGUAAUAUGACAUUUGAGUUUAUACAGAAGGUUGCUAUAUAUGAUAAUUUUGGAAAGCCAGCUGUCACAGUUGCUGACAGUUCUAAUCCAUGGUGGAUAGUCUUAGAAAGUGCAGUAAAAGAAGCUGGUGGAAAACUUAGCAAGCCAGAGAUAUUUCCAGCUUCAACUGAUGCUCGCUAUUUCCGUGAUUUGGGAAUACCAGCAUUUGGGUUUUCCCCAAUGGCAAACACUCCCAUCUUGCUCCAUGAUCAUAAUGAGUUCUUGAACAAAGAUGAGUACCUGAGAGGAAUCGAGAUCUAUGAGUCAAUCAUCAAGAAGCUGUCCUCUUAUAGCAAGCACGCCAAGGAUGCAGAAACAAGGGCGGAGUUGUAAAUUGAAGGCUUUUUCUGCAGCACCAGUGAAGUUACUAGUAUUGAUGGAUUGUAUUAAGGUCAGAUUUGUAUUGUAUCGGUGUCAAGCAUCAACAGAGCUUAAAGUUGUGGUAAUAAUUGAUCAGAUUGGUGAAACUAUGUACAUUGUAUGAAGAGCAAUGUUAUAUUUUUUAAUGAACCCUGAUAAGCUUGUAGGACAUGGAUAUAAAUCAAUAAUUUACAUUUUUUUUGCUGA